GUUCGAAUGUCAAAGGUCGAGCACAUUUUGUCAGCGCGGCACGGUUCAGAUUGCUACAAUAAUUAAUGUUUGAUUUAGGUUAUCCAUCACAAUUUCACAUUCGAAGAAAACCUUUAAAAAAGUAAUAUUCACUUAAUCGAGGUAAGUGAUUAAGUGUUGCUGCCGCCAAGCUAACUUGCUAAAUAUGCCAAUUUAGCUCGCUACGCUAACCGGUGCUUUGAGUCCAAUGAACCAUGUAGUUAUUUUGUAAAGGUAACUAGCUAGAAUAAAAACAAUUAUCACAUUGGCGUCAUGGGUGGACAAAACUAGCUACUGUAACUUAACUACCUAGUUAAAAGUAGAAGAUAAUAGAAAUGGUGGUCAGGUGCACAGAAGCAUUGCGACUAAAUUUAGCUAACAGUAGCUACUAGUUCUCGAAAACUCUUCUCUCCGUUAACUUUGCCCAUGCCUGGCCAUGUGAACUACAAUUCCGACACUGUUAGAAACGUCAAUCAUCGCUUGCGAAACUGUUUUUGAAACAUAUGGCCCUUAACUUUAAUAUCAGCGAGAAAUAAUAUUUCAUAUAUGUAUCCUUGUAACGUUAGCAAAUUUGCACAGAUCCAUACGCUGUGUGCCUCCAGUUGACGAACCAAUGGUGUUCGGAUCACGCUAGAUAGCUAAUGCCGCGUUCAAAACUACUGGAAACUCGGAAAUCUCCGACUUCAGUGCCUUACUGUAACUGGGAACCUGGAGAAAACUAGCUCCGACUGGGAAAAAUCGAUUUGAACGGUCAUCCAACUCGGGCCUCUUUCUAGAACUCCGACCAGAAGAUCACUGACGUUUUGAACGCAGCAUAAUUAUCACAGGCGGUCACCUCUGUCUUCGUUAAACAAGCGCUGUAAAAUGGAGAUAUGGCUGUGUGAACACUAACCCUAUAAAGGUGUGUAGUAAUUUAACAUUUUGUUUUUUGAAAGUUAUUUAUCGCUGAUAUUAAAAAUACUUUCCUUAUGUUUCCAAAACCCGUACCGCAAGCGACGCGUGUCAACGUUUAGAGCAACGGUCGGGGCUCUUAACAAAAGUCCCCCGGGAAGAAGACGCCUUCAUCAAUAGGCGAAAGGUAGUUAGCGUCUAUGAAUAUACUAGCUAACCAGCACAAAGUGAAGUGUAAGCUGGAAGGGUUUUCUGUGUUUCAUUGACCAGGGCACUAGACCAGAACAGACAUGGCUGGGAUAUUGUUUGAGGACAUCUUUGAUGUGAAAGACAUCGAUCCAGAUGGGAUGAAAUUUGACAGAGGUGAGUUUAACCGUAGGCUAGCUGUAUAGCACUUCAUGUUUCACAUUCGUAAAUAAAUCUGUCUGCAUUAUGUAGUAGCUACGAUCAUUUCUUGUGGUUUGUCUUUGCUUCAGUUUCUCGUCUGCACUGUGAAAGUGAGUCCUUCAAGAUGGACCUCAUCUUGGAUGUAAACAUUCAGAUCUAUCCUGUUGACCUUGGUAAGUGAAGUGUGAAUGUGUCCAUCUCAUUUCUCAUAAAAUCUUUUUUUUUUUAGGUAAAUGUCAACUUGAUUGCUGCUGCAGCAGCCUGUUUUGGCUCUUUUAUGCAUUUCCAAUUCCCCCUCUAGGUGACAAGUUCAGAUUGGUAAUAGCCAGCACGCUAUAUGAAGAUGGAACUCCUGACGAUGGGGAAUAUAAUCCACAGGAUGAUCGGCCAUCCAGGUAUAUUAUUGUGAAACUGCAGUGUUGGAUGGAGACUACAUUCAUUUCCUGGAAAUUGUUUUGUCUGAACCAUGCUUCUCUUGUCAGGGCGGAUCAGUUUGACUAUGUGAUGUAUGGCAAAGUAUACAAGAUUGAGGGUGACGAGACCUCUACGGAAGCAGCUACACGUCUGUGAGUGACAAUCCGGCAGUGAUGUUCAAUCAAAACACAAGUUUUAGUAAGAAUGGGAAAGGAAAAUAAUCAACUCAUUUAAUUCAGGAAAUAAUAAUACCUUUCAUUCAAAAAGCUUUCUUGUGCAUUCAGCUCUGAGACUUCCACUUCCUAGUCAGCUUCUGCUUUUAUCCAAUGUAUGCUCCUUCAUUUAGACCACAGCACAAUUCUUAACGGUGUGUGUUUUUCGCACCGUCCUUCCUUCCUCCAUCCAGCUCUGCCUAUGUGUCUUACGGAGGUCUACUGAUGAGGCUACAAGGUGACGCGAACAAUCUGCACGGCUUUGAAGUGGACUCCCGAGUCUACCUGCUUAUGAAGAAACUGGCCUUCUAGACCCCCCCCCCCCCCCCAGUGUGGCCACAGCGGCUCCUCUGUCUACAGUACCCCCCUGAACUGGAGGCUGCCACUGUGCAUUCUGAUUUUGUAUGGAAAAUGUGGAGGGGAUGUCCAUCUCUAAAGAGACUUUAAAGCAGUAGAAUGUUUUAGUUUUUUAAAUUCUUAGUGACGUUAGUUUCUCCCAAAGAGAUGGACUAGAGAGACACCAUAAAGCAAAGAACCGUAAGCAAAUUCCAUCUGCUGGCAAAUCAUGUAAAUAAAGAUGUUUUUUGAUAAUGUUCUGUA